ACAAAACAGAGAAACAAAAAAAAACGAAAAAGCAGUGCGGGUCUGAUGCGUAACGAACGAUGCCGUCGUCCGCAUCAAUCUCAUCGCCUUCUUCUCUAGCGCUUCUCUCAACCAAAACUCGAUCUCCACUCUCCUUCUUCUUCUUCCUCGCUCCCAAAGCCACAACCAGAAUCCCUGAUCAUCAUCUUCCUUCUUCUCUCUUUGCUUCCCGGCGACCCCGCGAUUUCAUCAACGGGAGGGAUGACUUGAGCUGGAACCGGAAGAUCAGACCUGAGUAUGAGUUCGACGAUGAGGGUUACGAAGAGGAAGACGAGCGUGACGAGGAAGAAGAAGAAGAUAGAAGCUUGGAUCUUUUGCUUAGGUUCGUGGAGAAUGUCUUCAGAAAAGUCUCCAAGAGAGCUAGGAAAGCCGUCCGAUCAAUCUUGCCUGUUUCCAUCUCCACCAAGCUCGUGGGUUUCUCCGUGAAUGGCGUACUUAUACUUGCGUUUUUGUGGAUCCUCAAGGCCUUUCUCGAGGUAGCUUGCACACUUGGGACUAUUGUAUUUACGAGCAUUCUACUUAUACGGGGGCUUUGGGCUGGUGUAGCAUACGUUCAAGAAAGCCGCAACAACCGGAUCAACGAACUCGCUGAUGACCCUCAUGCUUGGAACGGGGUGCGACCAGCGUCAUGAUUAAAAAUGUUUCAGAGAGUCUCAAGUUUCCGACGAGCCAAAACCGGUUUAGGUGGUUCUCCGAGGGCAAUAAAAACGACAGCGGAGUUCUGAAUCACAAAGCAGUUACAGUGGAUGAUGUUCUUUCGUUAUGUGUGUUGAUUUAGUAAUUAGAAAAAAAAAGGUAAUAUUUUGUAGCAUUUUACAAAGUCACCUAUGGAAGCUUGGCAUGUAGCAUUUCUUGUUUUUCUAAAUAAAUAAACAAAUAUAUAGAAUCACCCCCACCAUUUACCUAAGUUAACUUUUAAGUUUUGUAAAUAGUCAGAAUUUGAAUGACAUGAAUCAUUCAUUUAUUUAGUA